AUGAUGCGUUUGGUCCUACUGCUUUCGAUUAUUUCAGCAGCGUCCUGCGCGUCAGAGUGUCCGAAAGGAUGGACAUUCUCUCCCGACUCGACCCAAUGCUACACCAUAUCGGAGAGCUACUACAAUUUCGAUGAGGCUUUGAAGUUUUGCGAUGGAAUCGGAGGAAUUCUCGCGUUUGCUGAGGGCUAUAAAGAGAAUACCUUCUUCAAAAACUUCACAUCGUCAUUAAUGGUUCAACCAUGGAUGGGCGUUCGUCGGAAUGCGACGAACGGAAAAUUCCAGUCCGUCACCGGCAAAUAUUUCUACAACAACUGGCUUAAGGGCGAGCCGAGCGCUAACGGCGACUGUGCGACGUAUCGAGGAAUUGAACCGAAUGGAAUGAAGGUGACCCCGUGCUAUAACAUGCAGCCGGCGUUGUGCAAGCAAAUGCCAGCACUUUGCCCUAAUCAAACCGAAUACGGUGGUUCGCUUGUUCGUCACGGUACCAUUAAAUCGCCAGGAUACCCUGUACAAUAUUAUAACAACCUAAAUUGUGUCUAUACUAUUCAUUCACCCGCAGGAACCUAUAUUACCAUUCAAUUUGAUCCAUAUUUGGUUGAAAAUUACUACGACUACAUCAGUGUCUACGAUGGAAAUAGCACGUCUUCAAAAUACCUCGGAACCACGGAUAUUGAAGGAUGGUACAUUAGAAACGAUUUUGAGAGUUCCGACAACGCGCUCACAUUCAAAUUCCACACGGACAGCACCAUUACCAAACAGGGAUGGCUUGCCACGUGGAAUGCGAAACCCAAUAUGCCGCCAAUUCGGGUAAACGGAAGUAGUGGAGAACUGAGCUCGCCAAAUUAUCCGAACAAUUAUGAUCCGUACACGGAGCAAGCUUAUUAUAUUACAGGCGUUGAUGGAUUUUCGGUCAAUGUGACUUUUGAUGACUUCAUCACCGAACAGCGUUAUGAUUACGUGGAAAUCUAUAAUUCGAGCACCAUUAGCACGCCAUAUCUUGUCACCAAUUUGACUGGACCAUCUAUUGCACCGUACACUUACAUUUCUCCCGGCAAAUAUGUGACAUUACGCUUCAUCACUGACUCAAUCGUUCAGAAGAAGGGCUGGCAUUUGAUCUGGUCAAUCGUUUGA